ACUUUGACGUCAUAACAUGGUUACCUCGAUAUAUGCAUGCAUAUCUGAAGUGAUAUAAUGCGCUUGCUAUGAGCUAAUACGUAUUUCUGAGCUGGGUUUGGUCUAAAGAGUCAGAAGUCUUGGGAGACAAGAUAUAGUUCAUUGAUAGUCUUGGACCCAUUGCUGGUAGAGAAUGGCAAACGUCUUCACGAAGCGAACGGGGAAACCGCGCACCACAACGCUGUCUGAUUACGGUAGAGGCUUCGAAAACACUAAACCUCGGUUCUUUCCCAGGAUACCGUCUCCCACACGCGUGGCCAACCCCCAUCCCCCGGGCCUGAGAUACCAGCUCAUUAGUCAGGAAAAGCCGGCUUACGGUAUAUGGCAUCCAGACCUGAACAAGAUCAGUAAGAGGAUACCUGCCAUGGUAGACCACUUACGAUGGGUGAACUUCAGCUGUGGACCUCUCAUACGUCACGUCAACGAAAUGGGAAAGGCUCCCGCCGUGGUGUACACCGAGACCACAACCUCGCGAGUUAGCUACCGUAACCCAAGUCGCUUCCCCGAGAUUCAGGGCCAGAAAGCGUCCCGGUUCAGCCACACCCCUUCCGGCGGCCCGGCUGUUGGUAUUGUGCCCAACCUGAUCCUGUCCAGAUACCCGCCAGUGAAGGACCCAGAAAACAUCGCAUCCGAAUAAGCAGAAAAUAAACUUUCAAAACUGAAU